AUGCAAGCAUCUGGACUGCAUCAGAGGCUGCGCCGGGACGUUGAGUACGGGAUCGUAGAAGUUCAAGAAACAGCCAACGCCAUUGCGGAUUUUGACCGACUAUUUGAUUAUCCAAAUGGUGCUACUAAACCUUAUGCAUUGGCAGCAGCCUCCUCCUUUAAUCGAUCCUUCUUUAAUGGUCCCAUAAAAGCAGCCUUGUCAGCAGCAGUUUGGAAUCUUCCAUGGCCAAAUUUGGAAGACAAACGUCUUCUACAGUCUUCAGAUAGAUGCUCUGCCCAUAUGGUACGCAGCGAACAUGCAGGGAAAGUGCUGGUAGCUGGACAAUUCAAUGCAUCCAAAUCAAGGUUUGCGAACACACCACUCCUUGCACUAGAGGCAACGAGAGGGGGUCUCUUCCGAGCUUCUGAAGAUAUGACUGGAGUCUCUGCUGGAGCAGAGGCGACUAGCUGGCUCUGGGAAGAAGAAGUCCUGAAACAAAACAGUGAUAUUAAUGAAUAA